AUGUCUCACUCAAACCCUCAAUUAGAGAAGCUCGGUGAGGCUGAGAUGAUGGAGGAGGCUAUACCGGUCCACUCUGGUGAUAGCUUUGACUCUGUCAACGAAGUGGCCAUUGGAGGCAAUUCGCCUCAAGACUUGCCUGCGCAUUACUUCAGGAGUCCUCGAUUCCUCGGCACCUAUCUGGGAUUCAUAUUCUCCUACGCGGCUGGAUUCCUCGCCUACACCAUGAUUGCCAAUGUGUUGUAUGUGAUCGACGCUGACAUUGGGCCCAGUCCCCAGAUCAUCUGGGUCCUCCUCGUGUUCACCGUCUGCCAGACCGUCACCUUUACCAUCUUCGGGCGUCUUUCCGAUAUUUUUGGACGCCGAUGGUACUACAUCGGCGGCAAUCUGCUGGCCAUCAUAGGCUUCAUUGUCAGUAGCCAGGCAAAGAGUGUCAAUGCUGUCAUUGGAGGAAUCACUGGCUGUGUCAUCUCUGGAGAACUCAUUCCGAACGCAUACCGCAUGACAUCUUACGGCAUCAUCGCAUCCGUUUUGGGACCCUUUGAGGCUAUCUGUCCUGCCAUCGCGCGGUUGUUAUGCGACAACACAGGCCCAGGAUGGCGAUGGGUAUACUACCUCUUGAUCAUCUUCUCAGGUCUCUCGAUGCUGUUGAUGAUAUUUUUCUACCAUCCUCCCAAAUUCGAGCAUCUGCAUUCUCGCGCCUCCCGUGUCGAAACUCUAAAGGGGCUCGAUUACCUCGGUCUGGUGCUGUAUGCUGGCGGCAUAGUGUGCAUUCUUCUCGCAAUCUCUUGGGGAGGCCAAGCAUAUGCUUGGAAAUCCUCCCACGUCAUUGCGACCUUCGUUAUUGGUGGACUAGCUCUCGUCUCCUUUGGACUUUACGAGGUUUAUGGUCGAGCACGCUUUCCUCUGACCCCGACCUACUUGUUCAAAAGCCGAAACUACCUGGCCCUCGCAACCGUGGCUAGUUUCCCCGGAAUGAACUUCUUCGCCAUGAACAUCGUCUACCCAGAGAUGUUGUCGAUCGUGUUUGCUCAGUCCUCAACACAGGCUGGAUGGAAAAGUGUAAGUGGUCCCAAUGUCUGCAAUCACCGGUGGCGACAUACUGGCAAUGUGAUUGGAGCCUUCAUGACCAUGUACUGUCCCAAGAUCAAGUGGCAAUUGGUCUUUGCGACUUCCGUCCUGGCCGCCUUAUCGGGCGCCCUGACCGCCACUACCUCGAACUCGCUCACUGAAAAUGUGGUGUUUGCCUUAAUCCAAAGCACCGCCAUAGGCUGGGCCGAGACCAUCUGCCUCGCCGGAGGUCCGUUGAUGUUGGAUGUCAAAGACAUCGGAGUCGCCACUGGCUUUCAGUUCUCGAUCCGCACCCUGUUGGCGUCCCUGGCCGAUACCAUCUAUGUCACCAUUUUAGAAAACAAAUUGUCGUCGAAUCUUCCGCAUUAUGUGACCAAGGCGGCCUUGGCCGCCGGGCUACCUGCGAAAGACCUGCCCGAUCUUUUCGUAGCAAUUGGCCCAGGCAAUGCCACGGCCGUGACUGCGGUCCCGGAUAUGACGACAAAAAUCCUGUUGGCCGUCGAGGGGGUCGAGAUCCUCGCGUACGAAAAGUCGUUUCGGACGGUGUAUCUGACUGGUGUCGCUUUUGGGCUCGUCGCGGUCAUUGCGGCAGCGUGUGUAGAUUCCAACAGGCUGGAUGCCAGCUUGACGCACGAGGUUGGCCGAAAGCUUCAGAAGCCAACACUCAAGUCGAAAGGCGACGAAGGUUUUGAUGGGUAG